AUGCAGGGCUGUCAGGUUUGUGUUUGUUUUGGUACCGGGCCUCGUCUGGUACGAGUUCUGAGCAGUUGUUCUACAAAGACUGGUGCGGUUUGGCUGCGAGCAAACUUGCUCGGAUCCCGGUUGGCAAGCGCGUUUGCACGCGUGAAUACCACAGCAGCUCGACUAGCGGGUCGUAGGAGGCCACAUAGGUCUAUGCAGCGUUCCUGGUUGCUGCUGAAGGACCCCGGUCAUGAGCGUACACGACCAGAGAGAAGUAGCGUUGGCGCUUGGUAUAGCCGACCGUCUGCGGCGGUUGAGCGUGGAGGCGGUUUCUACGUUCCCGGUCUGGACGGGCCACAGCUGCGGUUUCUGCUCGGACUGACGUGCUUGUUCCUGUUGGCGCUCAAUCAUUUUGUCUCAGCUGACGGCGUAGACUGGGACGUGCUGGGACAAUGGUCUGCGCUGCGCACCAGUGAACUGCUGGCAACGGCUGCAGCUGUGAGCCUGGUGAGUGUUGCACGGCUGGAGGCCAGCGCUACCAGACAGCGCGAAUCCGCAGCCGAAACGCGCACAGAGUUACCUUUCGCCACUGAUGAUUUCGCCAAAGGCGACACAGCGCCAGCUCCCAUCUCAGAUGCGACCGGUUUGAACUUUCUCGUCCGAGCUCUCGCAAACCUGCUAGAGAUACGUGUGCCAAUUGUAAUCGUUCUAGUGAACGGUGCGAAUGGUGAAAUCAGGCUUUUGCAUGCUUCUCGCGACGUGGCGCUAGCGGUGCGCGCAGAGGCUGCAGUGACUGGUGCAUCAACGCGAGUCCACGACUAUGGCGAGAUCGUCGCGCGAGUCCUUGAGGCACAGCGUGGUAUUUGCAUAGCUAACUUGGAAGAAUUGCCCCCUGAGGUAUGUUUUCCUUUUCUGGAACCAGGGCGACCUGGUGGGGCCAUAGUAGAACCGCUGAGGGGAUCCAGCGGCUCGCCUGUUCAGCGACUCGGAUCAGGCGAUUGGCUCCUCGUGAUUGCGACCCCGAUCCCAGCAGCGCUGACCAAUACUGAUUAUCGAUGGGUCCGGGCGUUGUGCCACUAG